AAACUACAAAAAUGGACACUUUUGAUGGUUGGGGUUCACUCAGGGGACCCAUUCCAUCUGUAGUGGAUAGAUAUUACACUAAAUUUUAUGCAAUAGAUGUAAAAGGAAGAGAAAAUGAAGAUCAUUGCAUAUUGCAGCACAGCAACAGAGUGAUGAUAGUUUGCUUAGCAGAGACUCAUCCAUUAAUAAAAGAUCAAAGUAGUAAUGAAGUGAGAGAGAUUGAGUUUCAGAUUGGCAAAGUGGAUAGAUCAGAUAAUCCUGUCAGUGGACGAUUUAAAAAGGGAGGACAGAAGCUAACAGCUACUUCACCAAUUGCAAUAGUACAUACAAAAGACAACAAGAAAUAUGUGCUGUACAGCUGCUUAAAGGGUAUGCUAGUUGAAAUAAAUGACCAAUUACUGAAAGAACCACAGCUGCUACAAAUUGAACCCCAAGGGAGAGGCUAUAUAGCAAUAUUGCUACCUAAUAAGUUAAAUGAAGCAAGCACUGUCACUGAGAGUCUCUUAAGUGAAGAGUCGUAUAAAACUCUUAGACAAAUAAAAUAAUUUAUAUGAAAAUGAAAAAUGUUAUAAACAAUUGUUAUAAACAAAAAAAAUCGC